AUGAGUAUCGACGGACUACCCCUUGGUGAUAAUAAACUGCAUCAUGAUAUGCAAAACGACCCAGAUCCAAAGUCAGGCCACGUUAAUGGACUUCGCUGUGUGCUCGAUCCUGUGGCUGAUGGAGAUCCGGCGGGGGUCAUGGCUCAGAAUACGAAUUUACUGAUUCGUAUGCUGAAGACAUCAGGAACUAUUGGAGGUCAUCGAGUUGAGCACCAUGACUUGGACGAAGACCUACUGCGACAGGCUGUGAACGACGUCUCGGCCCGUUGGAAAAGACCUUAG